ACUGGGCAGGGCCACUUUUCGAAACACGCCCAGAGCAUUCGCUGGGGAGGCAGGCAGGCAGGCAGGCAGGGUUCCGGGUCCAACUCCCCUCCCCCUUCCUUUCCUCCCCGGCGCGGCAAGUAUCGUAAAGUCAACGCCCGCCGCCCGCCGCCCGCCGCCCGCCUCGCCGGCGUUGCAAUCAAUCAAUCAAUACACCCCCACCCCAGUGGAGCUUGAGCAUUGCUACCACCCUCCGUCUCCGAUCCGAUCCCUCCUCCUCCUAUGCGCGCACGCGCACGAGCACCAGCACCAGCACGCGCGCCCCUCCCAUGGCGCCGGCGCCGCCUCUCCUCCCCCGCCUGAUCCUCCUCCUCCUCUCGCUCGCCGCGCCCGCGCCCGCGUCGGCGCGCCUCGUGCCCGUCCAGUACCUCUACCCGCCCUUCAACCUCACCUACUUCCACUUCAUCGACACCAACGGCGUCUUCCUCCUCUCCCCCGCCGCCAACUUCUCCGCCGCCGUCUUCAACGCCGGCGCCACCGACCCCUCCGACUCCCAGUCCCGUUUCUUCUUCUCCGUCCUCCACACCGCCUCCCGCACCCCGGUCUGGACCGCCACCGCCGCCGGCUCCACCAUCCUCGAGUCCGUCGUCCUCUCCCUCUCCGCCACCGGCCUCACGCUCCUCGACCCCUCCUCCGCCCCCCAGCCCGACCCCGCCGCAUGGUCCACGCCGCGCCUCCGCGCCCCCGUCGCCGCGCUGCGCCUGCUCGACACCGGCGAGCUCACGCUCAUCGACGCCCGCAACGCCACGCUCUGGUCCUCCUUCGACCGCCCCACCGACACGCUGCUCCACGCCCAGCCGCUCCGCCUCGGCGUGCCGCUCAGGUCCUCCGCCUCCGCCAACGACCUCUCCCCCGGCGCCUACCGCCUCGUCCUCACCCCCAGUGACGCGCUCCUCCAGUGGGCCGCCUCCUCCUCGCCGUCGUCGUCGGCCUUCGUCACCUACUGGGCUCUCUCCUCCGACCCCGACGCCGUCCAGGACUCGAGCCACGCCGUCGCCUCCAUGGCCGUCAACGCCUCCGGCAUCUACCUCCUCGCCGACAACGGCAGGGACACCGUCUACCGGCUCCUCUUCCCCUCGCCGCCCGCCUCCAGGGGCGACUCGCGCGUCCUCAAGCUCGACCCUGCCGGCCGCCUGCGCGCGCUCACCCUCGCCGCCGGCGCGGCCGCCGUGCCCACCGUCUGGGCCGCGCCGGCCAAUGACUGCGACCUCCCGCUGCCGUGCCCCUCCCUCAGCCUCUGCACACCGGGCGGCAACGGCUCCACCUGCAUGUGCCCCGACGCCUUGAGCACCUACUCCAGCGCCGGCUGCGCGCCGCCCGACGGCGCCGCGCUGCCGUACCCGGCCGCCAGCUGCGACGCCGGCUCCAGAAAGGCCGCCGCCGCCGCGCGCUACAGCUACGUCAGCCUCGGAGCCGGGAUCGGGUACCUGCCGACCAAGUUCGCGCUGCCCGACGCCUCCGGCGACGCGCUCCCGGCGUGCCGCGACCUCUGCUCCGGCAACUGCUCCUGCCUCGGCUUCUUCUACAGCAACUCCUCCAGGGCCUGCUUCCUCCUCCUCAACCAGAUCGGCUCCGUCUCCCGCGCCGGCGCCGGCGCCGCCGUCGGCUUCAUCAAGACGACGCUCCCGUCGCAGCGCCGAGGCAAAGGCUCCUCGUCGUCGUCCCUGAGCCUGAUAACCAUCGUGUUCGGCAUCGUGCUCCCCACGGUGGCGGCCGUGCUCAUCUGCCUGCUGCUCUACGCGAUGGGCGCGCAGUGGCUCCGGAGGAAGCAGCGCCGGCCGCAGCACCUCAACAGCAAGAAGGCCAGCGGCAGCUGGUUCAAGCUGCCGGCGAUGCUGUCGUCGUCGCGGGCGGCGUCGUCCUCCGCGCCGUCGGACGAGAACCACCUCGACGAGGAGGACGUCCUCAUCCCCGGCCUGCCGACCCGGUUCACGUACGGCGAGCUGGACGCCGCGACGGACGGCUUCCAGUGGCAGAUCGGCUGCGGCGGGUUCGGGUCCGUGUUCCGGGGCGAGCUCCCCGACCGGAGCACCGUGGCGGUGAAGCGGAUGAACGGCCUGGGCACGCAGGGGCGGCGCGAGUUCCUGACGGAGAUCGCCGUGAUCGGCAACGUCCACCACGUGAACCUGGUGAAGCUCCGCGGGUUCUGCGCGGAGGGCGCGCGGCAGCUGCUGGUGUACGAGUACAUGAACCGGGGCUCCCUCGACCAGACCCUCUUCCGCGCCGGCGCCGCCGCGCCGGAGUGGCCGGCGCGGCUGCGCGUGUGCGUCGGCGCGGCGCGCGGGCUCGCCUACCUCCACGGCGGCUGCGACCGCAAGAUCCUCCACUGCGACGUCAAGCCGGAGAACAUCCUCCUGGACGACCGCGGCGGCGUCAAGAUCGCCGACUUCGGGCUGGCCAAGCUGAUGAGCCCGGAGCAGUCGGGGCUCUUCACGACCAUGCGCGGCACGCGCGGGUACCUGGCGCCCGAGUGGCUCACCAACGCGCCCAUCACCGACAAGGCCGACGUCUACAGCUUCGGCAUGGUGCUGCUGGAGAUCGUGCGCGGCAGGAAGAACUCCAAGAAGCAGCAGGAGGAGGAGGGGUCCUCGCCGGAGCACCACCAGUGCUUCUACUUCCCGGCGCUGGCGCUGGAGCUGCACGAGCAGGGCCGGUACGCGGAGCUGGUGGACCCGAGGCUGGAGGGGCGCGCCGACGUCGCGCAGGUGGCGCGGGUGGUGCGGACGGCGCUCUGCUGCCUCCACGAGGACGCGGCGCUGCGCCCGACCAUGGCCGUCGUGUCCGCCAUGCUCGACGGCAGCAUGGACGCGGGCGAGCCCCGCCCGGAGCUCCUCCGCUACCUCAGGAUGUACGGCCGCGGCCUCGUCGGCCUGCGCCCCGCCGCCGGGUGGAUGGCCAAGGAGUCCGACACCACCGCCGGCGUCAGCAGCAGCAGCUGGUCGCCGCCGUCGUGCGUGUCGGCGCAGCAACUCUCGGGGCCCAGAUGACAGUGACACCAAUCAAACUUGAUUUUUUUUUUCUUUUGGUAUAGGUCAGCUGCUGCUGCUGCUUAUUCAGUUAUUCUUCUUCUGCCUCCUCCUGAGUCCUGAUCGUGGGGAGUUUUUUGGUAACUGGUUAUUUACAUCCUAGCUACAGUAGCAACAGAGAGCUUUCUCUUUCAUUUUUGCACAGACAAAAAGUAAAUCUUUAAUUCUUAGUACUAUUGUCUAUUGGCCGCAAUGUAAACCCAAUCACAUUUACGCUAUUUGUGGGGGCAAAAAA